GUUUUUUCAUGGAUGCACCUACUCAAGCUAUUCUCUCCGCUUUCUCUAUUGUUCUUGGACAUGAGAUUGGUGAUCGACAAGCUGCUGAACAAAGUCUGACUGCAUUGGAAGUUCUUGAAGACUACCCAAUCAAAGUGGCGAAUAUAUUUUUAAAUGAUCAACUUUGUGUUGAAUUACGUCAGUUGGCUGGUAUUACAUUAAAGAAUUAUAUAGCUGUACAUUGGAGUGAAACAUCUUGUAUGUCAUUUAAACCACCGGAAACAUGUGAUAAUGCAAAAUCCCUUAUUCGAUCCGGAAUGUUACAGUUGUUAACUUCACCUCAUCGAUCGAUUCGUGUGACAGCUGCCCAUACAAUCACUUUGAUCGCUCAACAUGAUUGGCCAGAAGUGUGGCCAGAUUUAUUUAAUCAACUUAUUACAUUAAUUCGACAAUCAUGCAUGAAUAAUAAUAAUGAUAUCGAUAAGAAUACAGUGCAUGGAGUUUUACGUGUACUAACUGAAGUUAGUUCUGAUCUAUCUGACCUUGACUUGCCUGUAGUUGGUCCAUUUAUUAUGCCUGAACUAUUGCGAAUAUAUUCAGAUAAACAGAAUUAUGAUCAGUCUACACGGCGGCGUGCUGUUAUCACAAUUGAUAACCUCUUAAAUAUUGCUGUUAUGUGUCAAAAUGAGGAUAUUUUAAAUGACUUUGUUAAUCGUUAUAUUUGUCCAUCAUUGGGAGCAAUUAUUAGUGAUCUAACUACUUAUGAUGAAAACUCAACAAUAUCGCAAGUAACACAUAAAGGUGAACUUAUACAACUUUUAAUUACACUUUGCGUUGAAAAUCGUAAAUUUUUCUCAAAUUUUCCUGGUUAUAAUAUAUCACAAAUGAUUAAUAUAGUGUUGAAUUUGGUUAUAUCCUGUGUUAAACAAUAUACUGAAUUGCAAAUUGCUUCAAACUCUUCAAAUGAAAAAGAAGAAGAAUAUGAUUCUGAUGGUGAAAUAUUGGAUUACGAUACAUUUGUUUAUAGUAUUUUACAAUGUUUAACUAGUCUUGUUUCAUCGAAAUCCAGAAAAUCUAUGAUAAAGUAUCUUGAUGAAUUAUGCUGUCAAUUAUGUCAACUUGUUCAACUACCAGAAAAAACACUGGAAAUUUGGUCCAAUAGUAUCUCUGAAUAUGUCGUUGAUUCUGAAGAAUUUCUUGGUUAUUCCGUUCGUUUAGUUACUAUGGAUUUAAUUAAGAAAAUUGCAAGUAAAGUUCACAAUGGAGCUCAAUUUAUCAAUUGUGCAAUUAAUAAAAUGUUAAUACUUUCAGAAAGUCUACACAACGAAGGUGUUGGUUAUUGGUGGAAAUUACUUGAAGCCUGUCUUUACAUCAGUGGUAAUUUAGCUUCAAAUUCUAUCAAUAUAUUCAGUCAUAACAAUAGAUCAAUCCAUCAAACCUUAAACAAUACGUCCAAUUCAUGUUUCAUUGAAUUCGAUGUAUUUUAUACACAUUAUUUAAAACCAAGUUUAGGACAAAAUGAUUUUCCAUUUCUCCAAGCAACAGCACUUCGUUGUAUGUCUCAUUUGUAUGAAGCUAAUAUUCUUAAUGAAUCUCAAGCACAAUGCUUUCCAAGUCUACUUUCGAACGCAAUGUCUGCUACACAAUCGUCGAUAUUGAAAAUUUCUGCUAUGCAUUCACUUGACACUCUUCGUGCAAAUGAAAACAACAUAAAGAAGCAAAUGGAGAACAACACAUCAACGUUUGUCGCAUCGUCAUCUGUAUUUAUUACAAAUUAUAUCGUACCGCAUUUGCCUAAUUUAAUAUCGAAUUUAUUGGAAUGUUUAUCGACUUUCGGUGAACCGGUUUUAGAUGUUGGUCUAUGUGGAUUAUAUAAAUUGUUAUGUGUUGAUUUACAUCAAUUUACUCAAUCGAUUAUUACACAAAUAAUCCCUAUUAUGGUAGGAUUAUUUAAGCACUGUUUCGGUGUCGCUACAACACUUUCGUAUUACACAAGAAUAAUCCGUGUUCUCUAUAAAGUAGCCAGUUCAAAUAAAGAAUCAAUUGAUGCUAUUGAAAAUGCACUUCUACCUACUUUAAUUACUUAUUUAGAAAAUCAUGAAGUAUCAGAGAGUGGAGAUAUUGAAGCAGCCUUGAAAGUAUUCGGUGUGUUGAUCAGUCCAUCAGAAUUUGGAAUUAGUUCCAAUUUGAUUCACCGAGUAUUCCCAGCUGUUGUACAUAUCGCUAUCACAAGUACAGACGCUGUAGUGAUUUCAGAAUGCUGUGAUGUGAUACGCUGUUAUUUAGCAGCCGGUUCUUCACAAAUUCUCGAAUGGCAUGAUGAUGAAGGCAAUAAUGGAGUUGGUUAUAUACUCCAUGUAACUUCUCGUUUACUAGAUCCCUCGAACCCAGUUGAAUGGGCUACACCAGCUGGCAAAUUAGCUUAUGCUAUUCUACUUCAUUUUGAUGCUCAGCAGUUGAGAGAGAAUACAGAUUUGUUAUUACGUGGUGUACUAGCUCGUCUGUGUACAUUAAUGGGCAAUAAUCACAAACAAUCUUCACAGUUAGUAUAUAAUGAUCAACAAAAGGGUAUUCAUGGAGCCAGACAAAGCUUACUCUUCGUCAUUAUCUUGUUGUUUCGUAUACGAACUAAAUUGGCUAUUGAUUUCUUGUCAACUAUACCAGACUUAUCCGGAAAGCCUAUACUACAAGAAAUAUUAUCAAUAUGGUGUAAUUGUCAACCGUAUUAUUUUUCACGUUAUGAAAUUCAAGUUAGUACCAUGGCAUUGGCUAAUUUGAUACUGCACACAAUCAAUACAAAAGAUGAACGUAUUAUGCAAAUAACACUUCAAGAAGAAAUGGACAAUAAUGAUAAUAAUGAAUCUAUUCAAACCAGAUCGAAAUCUAGUCAACAGACUAAAAUACUGAUUGAUGUACCAAUUAUUGUUAGCAUGUACAAAUUGUUAUUAAACGAAUUAGACAAGAAACUAGAAGAGGAGGCAGAAUGUGAUGAUGAAGGCAAUGACAGUGAAUUCGAUGACAAUGAUGACAAUAGUGAUGAUGAUGAGGUACAAGCAGAAGGUUUUGAACAACAAGAACUAUGUGUAGAAGAUGAAAGUAAAAACAACGACAAAAGUGAUCAGGAUAUCGUCAAUCAGAAAAAGAGGAAACGGAAAGCAAAAGAUAAUGGCAAUAGUGAUGAUAUGCAACAAGACGAUGAUAAUGAUGAUGCUGAUAUAAGUGAUUUCGACACAGAAGACGAUGAUAUCAUCUUAUCGGAAGAUCCAAUCUAUUCGACAGAUCCUAUUAUGAAUGUAAAUUUGAAAGAAUUUCUAUGUAAUUUCCUAUCUGAUUUAUCUCAACAAAUUUAUUAUAAUGAAUUCAGUCGAUAUCAUACAUCAUUGGAGUUGACAACACUUCAACGAAUUGGUAUUUUACCUCAGAACAAUGAAUAAAUAGAAGAGACAGAUACUGUGUGUGUGUGUGAAGAUGAAACGGGGAGAUAAAAAAAAGUGUUUUCAGAAACAACUAUUUUUUAAUGCUUUUUCUUUAAAAAUAAAAAUAAAAACUAUUCGAAUAAUUGAUGAAUUCCUUGAUUUGUUUAUGAUCAAUUGUUGUUUCUAUAAUACAAUAUGAAUUUGUUGUUCAUCAA